UACACAAUUGUGAAUAGAUACAAAUUCAUAGCUCAUAUAAUUAAGAACACACAACAAAUAAGUGAAAAUAUAAUAUUUGAAAGAAAAGGAAGAUGGCAGUUGGAAGUAAUAAUGAAGCAAUGAAAGAAUCACCUCCUCGACCACAUUCAACGGAUGUACUUCACCAACGUAAGAAAAUGCCAUUUUGUCCAAUGAGAAUGGCAAUAGGUGGAUUUGCAGCAAUAUCUGUGUUAGGUUACUUUGUUUUGUACGCUAAUAAGAAGCCUGAAGCAUCAGCCUUGGAUGUUGCAAAGGUUUCCACUGGGAUGGCUCAUCCAGAUUCUACCCAUCCUCGUAAUUAAUUUUUAUUAGCAUAUCAUAUACAUUGUUCUACUAUGCUUUUUUCCUCUACUUAGCUUAAUUAUUUUUCAUUUAUACGUCUUUAAGUAAUUAAUUAAGUUCCUUUUAUAUAUACAUCAUUGUAUAUUUAAUUGUGAUUGCAAUAAAUUUUCUUAUGUA